CUGUACCUGUUAUUUCACUUGUAUUACUUGUACAAUGGAAAAUCAAUUUAAAUUGCCUCUUACUUAUUUCAAAGAGGAACCAUGAAAGUUUAUAUUUUAUUUUCAUUUUGGCUAACAUGCAAGACAUCCUUUAACUUCUCAUAUUAUUCUAUUUUGUGGGUUUGAAGGAAGAGAGACAGAUGUCAGUGAUGUGGAACCAUGGAGAUAGACCUCACAGAAAAGGAAUUGUUGAAGCUGCUGAAAAAUCUACUAAUAGAUGGGAUCCAGAUGUCUACGUGGACCCAGAGCCAGGUCCACCUCCCCUCCAAGCUCCAAGGACUGAGUGAGCCCUGCUCUCAGCCUUCAGUUGAGAUUCCAACCCAAGAUCAGGAUCAAGCUCAGCAUCAAAUGUCGCCAACUACAGAAUGUGCAGCCUGGAAGAGAACUACAGCUCCUUCUGCACAGCACCCUGAGGUGACACCUCCACAUUCAGACCAGGUUCAACCUGCUCUGGAACGUACCACUACCCCAUAUUCUGUACAUCCCACCACAAAAAAUGCUCUAACUGUGCAAACAGAACCGAAUGCCACCCCAUACACCAACAUAUGUGAGCUCUGUACCUGUCGAGAUGAGUCACUGUUAUGUGUUGGUCUCAGCCCAACGCAGAAGCUCCACCGAGUGCCUGUGCCGAAGCCCAACACCUACAAGAAGGUCCUCACCACCCUGAGUCAGUUUAAAUACAAAUGAUUUCGGGAAAAAUACUUGCAUUCAAAGUAAUUGACUGGCAUUAUAUAGCCAAGAGAUUGGACAGGUGGGAGUUGAACUUCUAAUGAGAUGUUUCAUCAUUGUGAGUGACACUCUUCCCACUUUAUUUCUUUAUUAAUUGCAAUCUGAAAAACUGGGAGUUCUGGAAGUUAAAAAGCUGGUGACUUUUCCUGUAUUUGAAUAUCCCCUCCCCCAGGUUGCAACAAUUCUUUCACUUACUCUGCUCAUUGUUUUCCUACUUAUUCAAGGAUAUAAACUGUUUCUUCACAGAAAUUUCCAUGGAAAUGAUAUUGAUUAUAUUGAUAACAAUGCAUGGAAAGCAUAUUGUUGGACUGAGAAACUGUAAGUAUUUUCUUCCCAAAUACGAAUACAAAAACUGCAUUGUAAGAGCCUCCUUGGUCCAGAAUUUUGAGGUCAGUAUCUCUGAGAAAAGGUAUUUCCCCUCCACAUCCUGGAUUGACUGCUACCAAUUAAAAUUCUGUGGUUAUUUUUUUUUUAGGGACUGGGGAUUAUAGCUCAGUGAUAGAGCACAUUUGUCUUGCAUGCGUGAGGCCCUACAGCCAAAAUGAAAAAUAAACUUUCAUGGUU